CAGUGUGCGUCUGCUUAUGAGUGUCUGGAUUGGACAGGCCUGAGUGGAGGAUGAACACGUCCGGCGCCGCGUUGGGAGAGGAGCUCACGGAUGAGGAGAAGGAGAUCAUCAACGGCGUGCUGGCUCGGGCCGCCACCAUCGAGGCCAUGGAGCAGGAGAGGAUAGACCGGCUCUCCAGUCGCCUGGAUAACAUAAAGAAAACGGCGUGUGGUGAUGGACUGUCCCGCUGUCUGCUGUGUGGGGAAUCCUUUGGACCACACGGGGUGACAGCCGUCCUCUGUGUGCAGUGUAAAAAAAAUAUGUGCAGCAAAUGUGGGAUUUGUGUAAACAGCAGGACGUGUCCCACGUGGCUGUGUCGGAUCUGCAACGAGCAGCAGGAGGUACAGAAACGCUCCGGGGCUUGGUUCUUUAAGGGUCGAGAACAGCAGGGUCUGCCAGCCCCCCUGCCUCUGUCCAGACCCCGGCCGUCCACCACAGAGAACAGCCCCCAACUGGGAGGCCACAGCGGAUCUCAGGAACCCAGAAAACAUGACCAAGGACACGAGCUCAGGGCCGAGGCACCGCAGCCAUCCUGCGGAUCCGAACAAUGGGAGCAGACAGCGAGAACAACAGCUGACAGCUGUAAUGAGAGCUAUUCCAGUCAAGCAGCUGUAAUGAAUGCAGAGAGACACGUGUCGGUUUCCAAACCACCCAGUGCCGGCGCACAUGUGGCCCCCACCUCAGAAAACAAGCAUUUGGAUAAGGUGGAGGCAGUUUCCUGUCCACGCGGGGAGGAAAAAAGACUACCUGUUGCCUCCAGCGCUGUUUCGUCUCAUAAUCCCGCAGCCAGAAUUACUCCGGCUGCCCAAAUCUCCUCACCUCCAAAACCCCAGCCACAGCCAACCGAGGACGAUGACAACGAAUAUGACUCAGACGAUGCCACUACACUGGGGUCUCUGGAGUUUAGUCUUCUGUAUGAACAGGAGAGCCACGCCCUCCACUGCUGCAUCGUCAAAGCCAAGGGUUUGAAGCCAAUGGACUCCAAUGGCCUUGCAGAUCCAUACGUUAAGCUGCACCUGUUACCUGGAGCCAGUAAGUCCAACAAGCUUCGAACCAAGACUCUUAAAAACACCUUGAAUCCAGUGUGGAACGAGACUCUGGUGUACCACGGCAUCACUGAUGAAGAAAUGACACGCAAGACUCUCAGGCUUUCAGUGAGCGACGAGGACAAGUUUGGACAUAAUGAAUUCAUCGGAGAGACACGAGUGGCCCUAAAGAAACUGAAAUUCAACCAGAAGAAGAACUUCAAUAUCUGCUUGGAAAGAGUGGUCCCGGUGAAGAAGGCCGUUGGGGGCUCUAUCCGAGGAAUGGCGCUGUACGAAGAUGAUCUGAAGGAGGGGGAGGACUCAGAAGAGAGGGGUCGGGUAUUGAUCUCUCUGAUGUACAACAGUCAGCAGGGCCGUCUGAUAGUGGGCGUGGUCCGCUGCGCCCACCUGGCCGCCAUGGACUCAAACGGAUACUCGGACCCCUUCGUCAAAAUAUGUCUGAAACCAGACAUGGGAAAGAAAGCAAAAAACAAAACGCAGAUAAAAAAGAAGACGCUGAACCCAGAAUUUAACGAGGAGUUCAGUUAUGAAGUGAAGCAUGCUGAGCUGGCCAAGAAAACCCUUGACAUCUCAGUGUGGGACUACGACAUGGGAAAAUCCAAUGAUUUCAUUGGGGGAUGUCAGUUAGGCAUCCAGGCCAAAGGCGAGUGUUUGAAGCACUGGUACGAAUGCCUCAAGAACAAAGACAAGAAGAUCGAGCGCUGGCACGUUCUAGUAAACGACAACACCGUCCAGUUCGAGGAUUAAGUCACCGUCCACCCUCGGGCGCAUUUCGACCUGUUGAUUAUCGUCUUCCUGUUGUGUCAGAUCCAUCCUCUUUCUUUUGCGUAGUUUGUCUCAAAGUGCAACAUGAAAGCUGCGUCUGCUGUGGAAACCGUGGGUGUUUUUUUCUUUCUCAUAAGGAGAGACAAACAGACAAAAAUGUGGCUUACCAUGGAAACUGUAAACCUCUGACCCGAUCGCAUCUUAUAGAGAAUAGAAUGUCUUUGCUAUCACGUGUGUUGUAAUGCUGUCUGCGUCCAUACUCAGACCAAACAGAGGGAAUUUUCUGUCUCUGACCUCAUAUUUGACCCAUCCUGCCACUCGCAUCUCUGAGGUCAUUGUUUUAUGAGUUGGUAUAUGAUGUUCCAUUUCCAAAUAACAUUUAAUUUACAUGUGUUUUUCGUGUCUAAUUGUCAUCCUACAUAUGUUAAAUAUGGGAGCUGACAUAAAAAUUACGAUGGCAAGCCUUCAUUGUGGAUGUGAAAAGCCUUGGCUGAAAACGAUGUGCUCACCUCCACGUGCGCAUGUUUGAGCUGUCUUUGUUUCCGCCAGAAGGGUGCAAAGGCCAAAAGUGCUUCUGCAUGACCUUUCGUUCAAUUAUGAUGAAGAUUCCAGAAAUGACAGACGUCAUAAUAAAUACGUAAUGGUUCCUGCACAAACGUGUGAGAAAAAAUGCAUUUUAGUGCCAGCUUCAAUGUUCCAGCUGCAUAUUCAACAAUCCUCUCUCCCUGUGUUGCGGUUGAUGCAUGUCUGAGCUCAUGUUGUUGCACACACCUGGCUCAUAAUAAAGAUAUGAUGUUGCUUGAUUUGCUCCUGUGCUUUAUACACGUUGUGUAACAUGACCUUAACGUUGCCUGAAUCAGGUGAGGCCUCAACAAAUGCGGAA